AGGAGCUGUGACUGAUGAGAAUUAAGGGCCAUGGAUGAAGAUGGACUUGAAUUACAACCACAGGGGCCAAACUCAUUUUUUGAUGCAACAGGCACUGACGCUACACAUAUGGAUGGUGACCAGAUUGUUGUGGAAGUCCAAGAAACUGUUUUUGUUUCAGAUGUUGUGGAUUCAGACAUAACCGUGCACAAUUUUGUUCCUGAUGACCCAGACUCGGUUGUAAUCCAAGAUGUUAUUGAGGACGUUGUUAUAGAAGAUGUUCAGUGUCCAGAUAUCAUGGAAGAAGCAGAUGUGUCUGAAACGGUCAUCAUUCCUGAGCAAGUGCUGGACUCUGAUGUAACCGAGGAAGUUUCUUUAGCACACUGCACAGUCCCAGAUGAUGUUUUAGCUUCUGACAUUACUUCAGCCUCCAUGUCUAUGCCUGAACACGUUUUGACAAGUGAAUCUAUACAUGUGCCUGAUGUUGGGCAUGUUGAACAUGUUGUUCAUGAUAAUGUUGUAGAAGCAGAAAUUGUCACUGAUCCUCUGACAGCCGAUGUAGUUUCAGAAGAAGUCUUGGUAGCAGACUGUGCCUCUGAAGCAGUCAUAGAUGCCAACGGCAUCCCUGUGGACCAGCAAGAUGAUGACAAAAGCAACUGUGAGGACUACCUUAUGAUCUCCUUGGAUGAUGCUGGCAAGAUUGAACAUGAUGGUUCCUCUGGAAUGACCAUGGAUGCAGAGUCAGAAAUUGAUCCCUGUAAAGUAGAUGGCAGUUGUCCUGAAGUCAUCAAAGUCUACAUUUUUAAAGCUGACCCUGGGGAGGAUGACUUAGGUGGAACAGUAGACAUUGUGGAGAGUGAGUCUGAGAAUGACCAUGGAGUUGAACUACUUGAUCAGAACAACAGUAUUCGUGUUCCAAGGGAAAAGAUGGUUUAUAUGACUGUAAAUGACUCUCAGCAAGAAGAUGAAGAUUUAAAUGUUGCCGAAAUUGCCGAUGAAGUUUAUAUGGAAGUGAUUGUGGGAGAGGAGGAUGCUGCUGCCGCCGCUGCUGCCGCCGCUGCCCAUGAACAGCAAAUAGAUGACAAUGAAAUAAAAACCUUCAUGCCUAUAGCAUGGGCAGCUGCCUAUGGUAAUAAUUCUGAUGGAAUUGAAAACCGGAAUGGCACUGCAAGUGCCCUCUUGCACAUAGAUGAGUCUGCUGGGCUCGGCAGACUGGCUAAACAAAAACCAAAGAAAAGGAGAAGACCUGAUUCCAGGCAGUACCAAACAGCAAUAAUUAUUGGCCCAGACGGACAUCCCUUGACUGUCUAUCCUUGCAUGAUUUGUGGGAAGAAGUUUAAGUCUCGUGGCUUCUUGAAAAGGCACAUGAAAAACCAUCCUGAACACCUGACCAAGAAGAAAUACCGCUGUACUGACUGUGAUUACACUACCAACAAGAAGCUAAGUUUACACAACCACCUGGAGAGCCACAAGCUGACCAGCAAGACCGAAAAGGCCAUUGAAUGCGAUGAGUGUGGGAAGCAUUUCUCCCACACUGGCGCCUUGUUUACCCACAAAAUGGUGCAUAAAGAAAAAGGAGCCAACAAGAUGCACAAAUGUAAAUUCUGUGAAUACGAGACAGCUGAGCAAGGGUUAUUGAAUCGCCACCUUUUGGCAGUCCACAGCAAGAACUUCCCUCAUAUUUGUGUGGAGUGCGGUAAAGGUUUCCGACACCCAUCAGAGCUCAAAAAGCACAUGAGAAUCCACACUGGGGAGAAGCCAUACCAGUGCCAGUACUGCGAAUAUAGGUCUGCAGACUCUUCUAACUUGAAAACUCAUGUGAAAACAAAGCAUAGCAAAGAGAUGCCAUUCAAAUGUGACAUUUGUCUUCUGACUUUCUCGGAUACCAAAGAGGUGCAGCAACAUGCUCUUAUUCACCAAGAAAGCAAGACACACCAGUGUUUGCAUUGCGACCACAAGAGCUCAAAUUCAAGUGACUUGAAACGCCAUAUAAUUUCAGUUCAUACAAAGGACUAUCCCCACAAGUGUGACAUGUGUGAUAAGGGCUUUCACAGGCCUUCAGAACUCAAGAAACACGUGGCUGCCCACAAGGGCAAAAAAAUGCACCAAUGUAGACAUUGUGACUUUAAGAUUGCAGAUCCAUUUGUUCUAAGUCGCCAUAUCCUCUCAGUGCACACAAAGGACCUUCCAUUUAGGUGUAAGAGAUGUAGAAAGGGAUUUCGACAACAGAAUGAGCUUAAAAAGCAUAUGAAGACCCACAGUGGCAGGAAAGUGUAUCAGUGUGAGUACUGUGAGUAUAGCACUACGGAUGCCUCUGGCUUUAAGCGGCAUGUUAUUUCCAUUCAUACAAAGGACUAUCCGCACCGUUGUGAAUACUGCAAGAAAGGGUUCCGGAGACCAUCGGAGAAGAACCAGCACAUAAUGCGACAUCAUAAAGAAGUUGGCCUGCCCUAACUGUACUUCUACAGACUUCUGUAAAGAUAUUGGCCUUGAAGCAGAAAUUCAUUCUAAAGCUGAAAUUCAUUUUAAAGCCAAUCAGUGUCGUCCACCUAUAAUACUGUAUAUUGAUUUAUGCUGUGUACAAAUAGAAUUAACUGCUUCUAGUUGACUUUUUUUUUUACCGUUUGUUCAGUAGUGUGUUCUGAAUUCUAUCCAGUUUGUUUAAUAAAUGGGUAAAUGUGGCAACAAGCAAGUUGCUUUUAAUAAAAUAAUCCCUGAUUCUAUAUGGAAGUUUUCUAUCUUAGAAGUUUUCUAUUUAUUUAAAUAUUUACCUUGCUUACCUUGAUGGUACU